UGAAUAUGCCCUAAAUUUGGAUGAAAUGGGUCUAUUGUUUGACCUCAUUUCCUUUCCUAAGGUUGUUGGAAAUUGGAGAUGAGGGCAUGAGAGUAAAAGAAGGGUAGAGAUAGAAGUAGAGUGAAGGGAAAGAUGUCGAAUCGGUCGAAUUUGUACAAGAACCCUUCAUUUGCUUACAAAAGAGCUUACAGCCUCUCCUCCAUUCUUCAGAAUCUUCAUGCUUACAAUGCCGUCACCGGUGCUGGUAAUGCUACGCCGUCUAACGAUUCGCCGGCACCCGCUGUCAAUCCUAAACGACGUCGUCAGCGAUCCACCAAUCCACGCCAAUCCCAAAUUGAAGUCGAUGAUGAUAUUGACGGCCCUAUGUCUCACCAGGAUUACAUCCACUUACGAAGGCAAGAAGCUGCUGCUUCUUCUUCUCAUGGGUAUCAGGAAUUAACCCCAGAUGAUAUUCUGGGUUCAUCUGCUUCUGCUUUACAAUUGGUGGAUUACACAAGUGACACUGAUGAUUGUCCUUCAAUAUCAAAACAACCAUCAGGACACCCAAAUUUAGAUCAUACAAAAAGUAGAAGUGAGCAGCGAUUUCCUCUACCUGGUGAACCUGUCUGUGUUAUUUGUGGUAGAUAUGGGGAGUACAUUUGUGAUGAGACCGAUGAUGACAUUUGUAGCAUGGAUUGCAAGGCUGUGCUGUUAAAGCAAAAGCAUGAUGGCCCUCCUGAGGGUGUUGUUAACAGUGAAGUGAUUUUGUCUACAUAUGAACCCCAAGGAUCAUUAUUACGAUCUGAAUUACAAGAAGAUACUUGGGACUUUGAUCGCAAUAGAUGGGCUACAAAGAGAUCUUGCUUAUCGACUUAUGAAUGCUGGAAGUGUAAUAAACCUGGUCAUCUUGCUGAAGAUUGUUUAGUAUCCAAACCUUGCCUCCAACCUUUAAAUUUGACUCGAAUCUGCAGUCAGGGUGCAGUUAAGCCGAAGAGACCUGUGUUCAUAUCCGCAAAACUUCGUGAAUUGUACAGAAGAUGCCACCAGAUAAACAAGACCUUGGUGAAUGCUAAGUGCAAUGCAUGCUGCAAUUCUAUCUCCUUGGCGACAUGCCUUGAUUGCAGUACCAUAAUUUGUGACAGUGCAGGUCAUCUCUCUGGGCAUAUAUCAGCUCAUCCUGCACAUCAACAUAUAUACUCUCAUAAACUUGAGCGCUUGGUCAAAUGCUCCAAGUCAACUUGUGAAGUGAUUGAUGUCAGGGAUCUUUUAGCUUGCCACUACUGUUUUGACAAGGCAUUCAACAAGUUCUAUGAUAUGUAUACUGCAACAUGGAAAGGAGGUGGGCUUGCAAUGGUCUGGGGAUCCAUUUGCUGCGAGGAUCAUUUUGAAUGGCAUAGGAUGAAUUGCUUGAAUGCAGAUGCAGAAGAUGGAGCAUACAUCUUCCGGCGAAGUGCUGGAAGAGGAAAGAAUGAGCAAAUUAGCAACUUCAUAUUUUAGUAGGGUCAAUCUCCACCAACAUUCAGUCGUGCAGUCACUUUGCAAGGUACAGUGGUUGGUGCACCAACUAAGUUCAUGGAGCCUGAGAUACCAGGGAUAAGAUCGAGGUCUAGGAGGGAAUAUGCAGGUUUCCAUCUAUGAAUCAUAGAAUUGCUACAUAAUUUCAACUCUAGUCAUAUACUGGGCAUUGGUCCAGAGUUUUCCUUUCAAAAUCUUUUUGUGGUCUCCAGAGUCGAGACAACCCUGGGUGAUCAUGGAAUAUUGGAAAAAGAUCUGGUCAACUUCCUGAAAUCUGCUUGUUUGCCACUGAGUUGUGCAAAUGUAUUAUGCAGUGUAUCAGAAAUUAUUGGACUGUAGCAGAUAAUGUUUGUUGUAAAUAUGUUUUACCUCUGUUUCCUCUUAUAGCCCUUGAUUAGACAUCCAUGUUUUUGGAUCGUCAUCUGUGAACAUUGUACUCCAUAUAUCCUGUGUUCUUGGUUUUAUUAAUAAUAGUAAUAUUAUUA